AUGACGGGAGAUACCUCGGCCAGGUCUCGGACCAAGCCCGGAGACCCACCGGCCACGCACACGUAUAUAAUAUCCACGCACCUUAAGACUCACCCAUUAAAGAUUCGUCUCAUCUCUCAAAUACCAUAUAUUAUUCGUCCCAUCUCGCUCCGCUCAAUUGCCUGCCUACAGUGCCCUCACAACACGCUUGAGCUGACCAACGCUAAGAGCUCAACCUUGCCUUAG